AUGCCUGGAGCACACGAUGCUACGAGAAAACGCAAAGCCGAGUCAGGCGAGCGGCAAGCUGGAGGUAACAAACGAGCCAAGGGUAAGAAAAAUUGGGAGAUGCCCAGGAGAGACAUGUCAAAUCGCGCCAUCCAAGCUGGGGACGCUGGCAUAUGGGCCACGUGCUCCAUGAAGAAGGAAGCCAAAUCCGUGGCUGAUCUGAGAGAUUUAUUCCAAGAAUACGCUACCAAAUUGUAUGGGACGACUGAAUCUAGUGAGACAGCUGCAGAUGACGAUUCUGAUUCCGAGGGAGGAGAUAUUGAGGCUCAGAUCAACAAAGAGCUUGCCGACAUGCGCAAUCCAACUACCAAGCCAUUGUUUACAUCAGUCAAGCUUGACACUCAAUGCUUGGUGUUUUUCAGGACUCGAUCGCCAUUGGAACCUGUGUCUUUUGUCCACAAAAUUUGCCAAGAUAUUGCGGAUGGUGCCCAGCCGAGAAAUUUGAGCUACGUGAAGCGACUAACACCUAUUACUGCAACCGAGAAAGCCACUCCCCAGGGUCUCGAGAGUGUUGCGAAACAAGUUUUGGCGCCUCACUUCCAUGGACCGGAUCAAGCGGGGAAAAAGUUCGCUAUACGACCAUCAAUUCGCAAUAACAAGGAGUUCCUGAGAGACGAUGUUAUCAAAACGAUUGCAGCUACAGUAGGCCCGGGCCACAAGGUCGACCUGAAGGGAUAUGAUUUGCUCAUAAUCGUGGAGAUUUACCAGAACGUCAUUGGCAUGAGCGUAGUAGGCCCCGAUUUUGAGAAACUCAAACGCUUCAAUAUUGAGGAGUUACGCCAGCCAAUAUCCUCCACUGCUCCAGAGAUGACAAAGGACGCCAGCAAAAUCACUGAAAGCAAAGAAGAUGAGUGA